AUGUCUGACCUAGCGGAGAAAGAUUAUGCUAUGAAGAAGGAUGAGGAGAUGGUUAACAUGAGCGACCGUGACAGGCAGAUCUACGAGGGUGGCGUGGAAAAGUAUAAUCGCCUGGGAUGGAAGCAAUUAACAAUCGUCCUUAUUGUUGAGGCUGUUGCCCUGGGAAGUCUCUCAAUUCCCAAGACUUUUGCUACUCUGGGAAUGGUAGCAGGCGUCAUUUGCUCUGUUGGCAUUGGUCUCAUUGCCGUGUACACCAGUUAUAUCGUCGGCCAGGUCAAAGUGAAAUUCCCACACGUUACAGACUACCCCGAAGCAGGUAGAUUGAUGUUUGGCCGAUGGGGAUACGAGAUCCUUUAUGUGAUGCUGGCUCUGGAGCUUCUUUUGUCGACUGGAUCUCACUGUCUCACGGGUACCAUUGCCUGGGUUGAUAUAACCGGCAGCAGCAUUUGCAGUCUCGUCUUUGCCGUCGUCUCGAUGGUCAUCCUGCUUCUACUGGCUAUCCCGCCCUCAUUCUCAGAGAUGGCCAUCCUGGGCUAUAUUGAUUUCGCCUCUAUUAUUAUCGCUAUCGGAAUCACUAUCAUCGGAACUGGUGUACGAGCUCACGAAUCCGUCGGCCUCUCAAAUGUGAACUGGUCCGCCUGGCCCAAGGACGACAUCACAUUCGCCGACGGAUUCAACGCCCUUUCCAACAUCAUCUUUGCUUAUAGCUUUGCGCUAUGCCAAUUCUCCUUCAUGGAUGAAAUGCACACUCCUCGUGAUUUCCCCAAGUCAGUGUGGGCGUUGGGCUUGGCUGAGAUCUUCAUCUAUACCGUCACCGGUGCUUUGAUCUAUGCCUUUGUCGGCCAAGAUGUCCAGAGUCCUGCCUUGUUAUCUGCUGGGACUUUGCUCAGCAAGGUUGCUUUUGGUAUCGCCUUGCCCGUUAUCUUCAUCAGUGGUUCGAUCAACACAGUCGUCUUAGGUCGACUUAUCCACGGCCGAGUCUUCAAGAACUCCAACAUCCGAUUUAUCAACACAAAGAUGGGAUGGAUCACAUGGCUCCUCUUGAUCUCUAUCCUUACCGUCCUUGCUUUCGUCAUUGCCGAAGUCAUCCCAUUCUUCAGUGAUCUAUUGUCGAUCAUCACGUCACUUUUCGUCUCCGGCUUCACUUUUUACUUUCCCGCCAUCAUGUGGUUCAUGCUCAUUCGAGAGGGGCCCUGGACGAGUCCUAAGAAUAUUUUCCUAAGCAUGAUCAACAUUCUCGUUUUCCUGAUCGGUAUUAUUACGCUGGGUGCGGGAACCUAUUCCAGUAUUGAAGACAUCAUUCUUUCUUACGCUAAUGGUACUGUUGGAGGUGUGUUCUCGUGCAAGGCCUCAUAG